ACACUCACACACACACAACCGCGCGCGGCUGAGCGGACAUUGCGGCGGAUGCGGAGAGGAAACACCGUUACACACGCGCACGCGCGCACGCACACACAAUACACUCGCGCGCGCAGAGGGAGGGUCUCCGCGCGCUCAAUUCUCAGUUUCAUUGACUUCACUGAAACUCAGAUGAACUUUAGUUUGGGGUUUUUUUUUUGUUCUUCAGUUUUCUUUCUCGAAGUUUUUUCUCCUGCAGCACGAGGAGCAACAGGAGGACAGACGGAUUUAACCGACACGACUUGGAGCACAUCUGCCGCCCUCAACAUCUGCCAAUAGGCUGACCCGGGAUAUCUUCCGUCUGACUCGGGAUAGCGGUACAGUGGACUCAGAGUUAGUCGCUUAUCUGUCCUCCAUCAUGCACCCCUUUGCGUGCAGCAGCCUCGUCCUGGUUCUGGUCCUGCUCCUGGUUCAGGUCCUGAAACAUCCUGCUGCAGGGUACAAUCUGGACAUGGAACACAGUCUGGAGUUCAGUGGCCCAUCCUCGUCCAUGUUUGGAUACUCGGUCCUGCUGCAUCGCCACGGAGCCCAUAGAUGGUUGGUGGUUGGAGCCCCGGUGGCAAACUCAUCCUCGAGUCCGUCCGUUCAAUCUCCAGGAGCCCUGUACCGCUGUAACGUCACCGACGUGUCCCGCCGCUGCCACCCCAUGCGCGCCGAUGUUCGGCAAUGUGGAAAGACGUGCGAUGCAGAGAGUGAUCACCAGUGGCUCGGUGUUAGUCUGUCCAGACAACCUGGAGUCGACGGGGGACAUAUCCUGGCGUGUGCUCACCGCUGGAAGAACGUCUUCUACUCAAAGAAAGACAGCCAGAACCACAAGCUGCCGAACGGAGUUUGUUAUCGCUACGGAAACGACCUGGGACACGCCCGGCCCAUCAUACCCUGCUACAGAGACCAUCAGAGGAAGUUCGGUGAGGAUUAUGGGUCGUGUCAGGCGGGCAUUUCCAACUUCCUGACAGAGGAUCUGAUCAUCAUGGGGGCCCCGGGGUCGUCUUAUUGGACGGGUUCGGUUCUGGUGUUCAACACGUCUAGCAGGGCGAUGUCGGUGUACCUGGACGACGAAGCUGGAGCCGUCAGCUUCGGAAGCUACCUAGGUUACGCUGUUGGAGCCGGCUCCUUUUUGGGUCCCGGCACUAAGGAGGUGGUGGGUGGAGCUCCGCAAUACAACCAGAAGGGCAAGGUCUUCAUCUUCACCGUGGAAACAAACAUGCUGCGAGUCGUCUCUGAGGUGUCUGGAAGAGAGCUGGGAUCUUACUUCGGUUCCAGCGUGUGCGCGGUGGAUCUGAAUGCUGAUGGUUUGUCAGAUCUGUUGGUCGGCGCUCCCAUGGCAACGGGCGCCACGAGAGAGGAAGGAAGAGUCCACGUGUACAUCAACCAGGGGAAUGCAAAGCUGCUGGAGGCGGGAUUUCAGCUGAGUGGCAGUGAUGCCUACGCCGCCCGGUUUGGAGAGACCAUCGCCGACCUGGGAGACUUAGACGACGACGGUUACCCCGAUGUGGCCGUUGGCGCCCCACAGGAAGACGAUCUAAAAGGAGCCGUCUACAUUUUCAACGGCAGGGAGGAGGGAAUCUCGCCAACUCCAUCUCAGAGGAUUACUGGAUCCAGUCUGGGUCGUAACCUCAGGAUGUUUGGCCAGUCGCUGAGCUCUGGCAUUGACAUCGAUGAUAACGGCUACCAAGAUGUGGCGGUUGGUGCUUUCCUCUCAGACUCUGCCGUGGUUCUCAGGACCCGUCCUGUGAUUCAGGUAAAGGCAUCCCUGAUUCUGCCCGAGGAAAUCGACCAGCAGGUGACACUGUGUAAAGAACACCAGACUCCAACUGUCUGCUUCAACGUUACCGUCUGCUUCAGUGUCAAGUCAAGACACUUCAGAGGAGCUAUAGCUCUUCAAUAUAAUUUGACCUCUGACCUGCUCCAUAAACCAUCCUUCCCUCAUCGUUUCUAUUUCCAUGGCAACGGGUCAUCCAAUAGCACAAAGGGGCGUGUGAUAGCCAAACAAGGCCAGCUCACUUGUACAACCCAUAUGGCUCACCAAAGGAAAGAUGUGAAAGACAUUUUUACUCCAGUCAAGUUUGAGGUUUCUUAUAGUCACAGAGAAACAAACACCCACAAAACCUCUUCCAAAACCUUCCCGCCAUUGAAACCAAUUCUUCAGCAGAGCGCAGGACACCUGAACACUAUCACCAACCAGACCUGGUUUGCUCGUUCCUGUUCACUGGUGAACUGUUCGACCAACAUGCAGCUGUCUGCUCAACUUGUUCUGCAACAUCAGCAGAAUUACUUUGCCCUCGGCUCCGGACAGACGAUCAUGUUGAAAACCUCGCUACUGAACUCUGGAGACGAUGCCUUCCUGCCGCGACUGACGCUGCGUUUCCCCGACAACAUCCAAUACAUUAAAGUAUUGCAGAACCAGGACAACGUUGUCAGCUGUGAUGUCACGCAGGAAGUCAACACUACGCUGGCAGGUGUGGACUGCAGCGUCACCAGCCUUCUCCUCCCUGCCAACGCCAGGUUGAAUAUCAGCUUCCUAUUGGACGUAAGCCAGAACAGCACACCUGGUGACGUCCCUGUUCACGUCAACAUUAGAAGCGAUAACUACGAGAAGGAAGAUUAUCUCCGUGACAACUCGGUCAGCCUCGUCCUUCCUCUCAAAUAUGGAGUCAACAUUAACAUUCAUGGUUUUGUGACUCCCACCUCAUUUGUGUUUGGAGAUGAAGACACAACUCUGGUCGACUGCUACACUGAGAGAUUCAACUACACAUACAAGGUGUUAAACUCUGGCCCCAGCAGGUCUGUAGAUACUGUGGUCGACAUCACGCUACCAAAGAUCCUCACACCAUACAGACACAGACUGCUGCAGGUGGUGGACUGGCAGUCGUCUCAUGGUGUGUGUUCGAUCAGUGACACGACUGUCUCAGUCCUCGAGGACUGUGAGGUGCCUCAAGCUUCCUUCAUCAAACAGCUCAUCUUCUUCUUCUCCUCGUCCUCCACACGCAGAAUGUUUUGUGGCCGUGGUGAUCAGCUGUGUGAGCGGUUAGUGUGUCGCCUCGGUAACCUGGAGGCGGGGAGAGAUGCCCUAAUCCAACUGGAGAUCACGCUGAACCCUGCUGUACUACUCCAAGCUCCGGGUCGUCACAGUGUCAUGAGGCUUGAGAGCACAGCGACGAUGUCAAAUCCCACAGGCGGUCUCCACACCAUCCUCAUCACAGAGCAACCUGCAGCACAGGUGGUGGUUGAAGCUCUUUUCACCCAGAAACCCUCAACAACAGUGAAAGUCUUCAUCGUCGUCGUCAGUUUAGUUUUGGGUCUGACGAUCCUAGCUGCUCUCAUCUGGUGUCUUUGGAAGGCUGGUUUCUUCAAGCGGGAGUUCCAGAAGAAAGAAGAGGAGGAGGAGUUAAAGAGGGACAGCUGGGAUUACGUCCCUAAAAACAACAAAAGAGAGAGCUAUUCAUAACACUGCUAUCUCCUCUGACCCCGACCUCUGACCUCUAACUACUAAAGGAGUUCACAUUGUGACCGUGCAACAGUUUCAAUGAGAGUUGUGUUGACGGAUGGAUGGCGCGCUGCUUAUGAAAAUAUGGCUUGGCCAAUUUGUCUAAAACAGUAGAACAAUACUGCUGCUGAGCGUCAUCGGCCAAUGAAAUCCGUCCAGCACGACUGCGCUGUUUUGUCUCAUAGCGAGUCCGCUGGUCAUCACAGAGCUGACAGCGAGCGUGUGAUGGCUGACAAAAUGACUCCCGUGAACGCCUCCUGUGUACUCUGGAACCGGACCUUUCAAAACCAUUUUGCCUGAUGCGCUUCCACAAAUACAGAUACAUUUAAAUCUUGCAGCAUUCGAAAAAAAUAAAUAACAAAAUUGGAAAAGACCUGUUGGGAGGCCUUGAAGCUUACGGAACCAAGCAUCACCUGUGACAGUUAUCGAUGGCUGCCGUUUUGAAGAGGAAACAAAUCAAAGGAGGUGGAUUUCUGAUGACCUUUGGAUCUCAUUGGAUGGAAGCCUGGCCUCUGACUUGCUCAUAGCUCUUCCUCAAAAACCUGUUUGUCAUUAUGCAUUUUUGUUUACCUGCUGACCAACAUUUCAUGCACUGGUGACACACUCAGGGGCGGAACAUGCUGGUACCUAUGGCUUAUGCUUAUGUUUUAAUGGAGAUCGAACAUCCUCACAGAGUCUGUGUUAACUUUAAUAUCUUUCAGUUGUUUGUCCCUCUUGACCCCAGAUGGGGAGAUUUUGCACCAGUAUCACUUGAAUUUAAAUGGAGACGUUUUAUUUUUUUCUGCAGGCGUCACGAUAACAAAAAUUACAAAUCACAUGUGACGUUGAGUAAAACUUGAAUAGUUUUGUUUGGAGAUAAUUUAUAGAGUACUAUUUGAGAUUCUCAAGGAUGCUCCAUCUACAAAAUUAAAUCAUCAAAUAACAUAAAUGUACCACAGUCUCACUCCAACUGAUCUUGGACCUCUUUGUUCAUGUUAAUCCAGAUCAGGAUGCUGACUGAAGCCGGUUGCAUUCUCUCUACUGACCAGCAGGGGGAAACUUUAUUUUGUAAAACACCUCGAUGUCACUGGGUUCUUUGAUGAACCCCUUCUGGGUGAGGACUAAUAUAUCGAGUGACGUCACAGUAAAGGAAGCAGCUUGUCGGAGAACAGAGUCAGCAGAGCCACAGGGUUCAAUGACGGAACAGUACUUGAAGAAAUGUUUUAACCAUCUGUAUUUUGUGAAAGCAGACAUUUAAAACAGCUGCCAUCCUCCAUUCUGAUUAUCUAUU